GGUGGGUUGUCUCUGACGUCACUUUCGGCAAUAUCCGCGAACACUCGACUGGCCCGAUCUCGCACGAACGGGUCAAUGUCUGAGGAGGAGGCAUCGAAAAACCCAAUGGUCGUUGUGGUAUUGUCGUGCUACUAUUCGACGACGAUGGAAAGUCGUCGCUGAUCGCCGAAGUAUCGUUCAAUAUUAUCACCGCCGCGUGGGUCUUGAACUCGCGGCGCUUUUUUUCUGCCACCACGCGGCUACGUCCAUCACAACGUCGAAAUACAUCGAGAAGGCUGCUACUAGAGCUGCCUUGCGUCGGUCUGUCCGGUGCCCGUGGUCACAGCAAUAGUGAAACAUAGAAAGAGAAAGAAAUACAGUGCCGAUUAAACAUAGGCGUUGAACGCAACAACGGCGACGGCGACGACGAUGACGACAAUGACAAUGACGAUGACGAUAAUGAUGACGAUGCCGAUGACAACGACGACGACUGCGACUAUGACUAUAACUUCUUAUUGAGACAGAGAGAGAGAGAGAGAGAGAGAGAGAGAGAGAGAGAGAGAGAGAGAGAGAGAGAGAGAGAGAGAGAGAGAGAGCGAGCGAGCGAGCGAGCCGCAAUCACUCUUUUCAUUCUGUAAUUUUGUGACUAUCCGACUUGUAUUGUGACGAAAUGCAGCCAGCGCAGAAAUUAGUCAAACAUCGAGGACUGGAAAAUGAAAAAUUGGAGUAGCUAGAAAAUAACAGAUUCUUUAGCGAAGAAAAUAGAGUUAUAGAAAGACAAUAGCAAGUGAGAGUGAGAGAAAAGAGAACAGAGCGAACGAGGCAGUAAAAAAAGCGUAAAAAAUAAAUCAAAGAAGUGAGAUAAGAAAGCGAAGGUAGCCGCGCGCCGAAUGAAGGAAAGCAACACGACGUUGAUCGUGGAAGUAAGGAUCCACGCCGUGCGACGCGCAUCGUCGGCUCAGCACAGCACCGCGUGGUGGCGCUCUACUACGUAAUACGUCAGCGAUCUCGACAACGACGGCGACGACGGCGACGGCGACGGCGACGACGGCGACGACGAGGACGAUAGAAAAACCCGAACCGCGCGAAGGAGGAAGCGGUUACAUUAGAGAAACUGCUGAAAACAUACGAACCGUUUCGAAAACGUUAGCCUAUUGCCGACAUUGGCACGCUACCCCUCGUCAUCUUUCGCGCUAACAGUGCUCCGCAGCGACGCUCCUCCCCCGCAACUUGUCUAUCGUUGGUUGGAACCGCGUUUCGAAUCCAUUCGUGGCUGCCGUUUGCUGCAUUGUCCGUGACAGCAGUACGAAAAGGAAACUAGAUCGUCUUGUUGCCAAGAAAGUACGCGUCAAUGUAUUGAAAGAGGGUGGUGUGCGACAACGGUACCACGGAGUGUGUGAAAGUGACCUUCUGGCACGGAAAAGGUGCGUUCGAAGAGCCGAGUGCGCGGAUCGACCGAAUUCGUUCGCGUCAGUGGUGUCGCUACGCGUGCUGUCGAGUGAAAGAAGAGGAUAAAUUUAUCCGUAAAAAGUGCUGUUUCUCCACCGGGUGGUUUCGCGCUGCUCUUUCACCUUUUCCACUUAAUUUUUUCCAUUUCCACUCUUCGCAUUCCUUGUCACUCCUUCGUUCCUUUUUCCGACUUCCCCUCUCCCUGCUGUUUGUCGAUCGAGCAUAGUGAUACGUAACGCAGAAUAGGAAACGCGAGUCAGUGAAGAAAGUGAAGGAAAGAGAUAGUGCGCGCGUGAACACGCUCGCGUACGAUGUGAUAAUCGCGUAUGCGUUUGUCAUUGAUGUGUGAGGUGGUGUUGACGACGAAGACGACGUCGACGACGACUACCGGGGCUAACUUCAGGCGGAGACGGAGGAAGAGGAAGAGUUGCCGGAAGCACCGGUCGACCUAACCUAGUCUAGAGGACGCAGGAAGAACAAGUGAGAAAGAAGGCGGCGGAGGCGGCAGCCCAUUUUGAGUGGUGGAGCGGAGGUGGUGAAAGCGUGGAGGCGGAGGUGGAGACGGUCGAGACAGCUUCAGAAUGAGCGGACGACCGAGAACCACCUCCUUCGCCGAGGGCAACAAGCCGCCCGCAAAUCCACCCCUUGGCGGUAUGAAGAUCAGCAGCAAGGAUGGCAGCAAGGUAACGACCGUGGUGGCAACCCCCGGUGCCGGGCCGGACCGUCCUCAAGAGGUCGCCUAUACCGACACCAAGGUCAUUGGCAAUGGCAGCUUCGGCGUGGUAUACCAAGCCAAACUUUGCGACUCGGGCGAGAUGGUCGCCAUCAAAAAGGUUCUCCAGGAUAAACGAUUUAAGAACAGGGAAUUACAAAUCAUGCGACGCCUCGAGCAUUGCAACAUUGUGAAACUCAAAUAUUUCUUUUAUUCUAGCGGUGAUAAGAAGGACGAGGUUUACCUCAAUCUAGUCCUGGAAUACAUACCCGAAACUGUGUACAAAGUCGCUCGACAUUAUAGCAAAAGCAAGCAAACGAUACCAAUCAGUUUUAUCAAGCUCUAUAUGUAUCAACUGUUUCGUUCUUUGGCGUAUAUCCACUCGCUGGGGAUUUGCCAUAGAGAUAUCAAGCCGCAAAAUCUACUCCUAGACCCAGAUACCGGCGUUCUGAAGCUGUGCGACUUUGGCUCGGCCAAGCACCUGGUUAAAGGCGAGCCUAACGUGUCUUACAUCUGCAGUCGCUACUACCGCGCACCUGAGCUCAUUUUUGGCGCUAUCGAUUACACUACAAAGAUUGAUGUUUGGAGCGCAGGUUGCGUGCUGGCAGAGCUGUUGCUGGGUCAGCCGAUAUUUCCCGGUGACAGCGGUGUCGAUCAGUUGGUAGAGAUUAUCAAAGUCCUCGGUACACCUACGCGCGAUCAGAUACGUGAAAUGAACCCCAACUAUACUGAAUUCAAAUUUCCACAAAUUAAGUCGCAUCCCUGGCAAAAGGUGUUCAGGGCGCGCACACCGCCAGAAGCGAUGGAUCUGGUAGCGCGAUUGUUGGAGUACACACCAUCGUUGCGUAUGACGCCUCUGCAGGCGUGCGCGCAUUCAUUCUUCAACGAGCUGCGGGAGCAGGGGACACGGCUACCGAGUGGCCGCGAACUGCCGCCGCUUUUCAACUUCACCGAGCAUGAGCUACGGAUCCAGCCGGUUCUCAACAGCAUGCUGAUACCCAAGUACAUGCAAUCGACCGCCGCCGCCACCACCACCGGCACGGAAGGGAAUCCCGGCAGCGGCGGCGGGGGUGGCGGACAAUCGGACACCACAGGUGCCACCGCCAGCGCUAGCGGUAACUCUAAUGAUAAUAGCGUCACUAAUCCUAAUACCACCGCCAACACAAGCACCACCAAUACGCAAAACAUUGAUCCCAAUUCAUCGAAUAUGGCUUGAGCCGCUUUAUUUUUGUUUUGUUUUUCUUUCUCUCGCUUCUCUUUAAAUUUAUUAAAGAAUCGGGGUCUGAUCAUUACGGUGAUAUAUGAUGAAUUAACCAUCUUCUGUGAUGAGGAUGCCUAUGUUGUAAAAUGCGAUUGCAUUGCGUCAUAUACAUAUAUGUAGGUAUAUAAGAUUUUCAUAUUUUCUAGAGCAAAAAUGUAGCGUAGGGCAGUGACGCAACUUGACUUUUUCGAUUGAAAUAGAUUAAUCCAAUCCGGUGUGACUUCGGCCCGUUUGGCAUGGAUUUCUAUUUGAUUGAAAAUGUGUUGCGCCAGAUUUAAGUUGUGGAUUAUAAGAUGGAAACCAAAGUAACACUUAUUCUCUUAUUCGCGUUAUAUAACUCAAAAUCUGAUUUAUCCUAAAUGUGAAUACAUUUUCAGUCAAAUGACAGUUUAUGAAAAGUGGGCUCAAAAAGUUUAAGGCUUGGAAAGUUGAAUUGCUUUAUUUGAAACGCUGUAAGGUUUUUUUCCGUUACUUUAAUUGUAUUGGACACAUGUUAUCAGCAUGUAUGGUAUCAGAAAGAUAACACAUAACACAUACUUCUGUAUGAUACACUAGGUCGAAAACUUAUAUCUUUCGAAUAUAUUCAAUUUUUAUGUACAAAUUUGUAUAUAUGUAGAUUACAACGCAUGCACAAAAUAAAUUCACAAGAGUGCAAGGAGAUUUUUCCUAUUCCAUUUAUAAAUAUUAUCAGAUAUUUUUUUUUAAUUUUUUAAUUUGAAAACCACACAAUAAGUUUAAACGAGAAAGAGAUGUUCUUUGAAAUAUUGAUUUAAUUAGUUUCAUUAAUAUUAAAAUUAAUUGAUAUAUUAUUUUUCGUGAGCUUAUUUUGCGUAUAGUACGGUGCUACAAUGGUUAAUACAUAGUUUUAAGAUAUAUACGAGUAUACGAUCGCACGUCUCUAUUCUCAAUUGAGAUUUAUUUUCAAUCAGCUGGUCGCAUCUAGAUUCAAGUUUUUCAAUCGAGAAUUUAUUGGUGCCAGAAAUUGAGAAUAGAGAUAUUUCCAACUAUAUAACUAGUGUAUACGGAAAGUUUCGAUCUAGUGUAACUACUCAAUUAUACAUAUAUAUUAUACAUGGUAGAAUGCACCUUGGCUUUAUAUAAGCCUAAUAUAUAACGUACAUAAUGACAAGGAAAACAACAGAUUAACUUUGUCAAUUUCUUUUAUAGGCGAAUUAAAAGCAGCCAUCUUUGAUGGUACAAUUGCUAUCAAAAGUCUAGCUUGUAUCACAGUUAUUGAAUUGUACAUACUGAUAAACACCGCUGAACUCUAUACAUAUUGGAACACGCCGUGGUUUUCAGGCCAUGAGAUGGUGGGAGAAAAGGGGUGAAGUAAAUGAGCUAUCUCUUUUGUAGGCACAUUGAAAGCCUUUGUCUCUCUUGAUGAUUGCAUGUGAUGAUCACAUUAUAACGCAUCUAUACAUAUUUACAAUUAUCAUCAAAGAUUGAUGUUAAGAUUUAUGAAUUGAAGAUGAAUUAAAGAUUAAUGCGUUUUUAAUACGCCUACGAAAUAUGGAAUUCAGUGGUAGGGAUUAAAUUCUUGUUUUGGCGAUUGUUUUGGGGAUUAUAUAAAAAGGAGGAGAGCUACAUGUAGAGGCUAUAUAAAAAGAAACAUAACUCAUUUCUCGCCUCUGCAUCAUCCCGCGCUGUGAAAACUACGGUGCAUUCCAGUGUAUGUAUAUGUAUUGCAGUGAGUGCAUCAUACAGUAAUUUGUGGAAGUAUAUGUCAAAGUAAAUUACUUUUUCUUUACACAUAUACAAUUUAUGUUUAAUAAAAUAAAAGUAUGAAACACCCGUUUUUUUUCAAGAAUCUCUUUCCCGCUCAUAGAUAAAUACAUAAUAGCUACAAAGCUCGCUCAAUAUAUCAUAAAAUUAAUUUCUACUGCAAAUAUUGAGAGAGAAUACGUUUGUAGAUUUAAUUAUUUAUUUCAAAGAUAUAGUUUUCAGCUUGUUUUUUGCCAAUGUAUUUUAUUCUGCUAGCGUGCAAAACGCUAAUUUACUUCGACAUAUGCGCAAAAAGAUUUUUACUUUUGACAUCAUAAGCAGUUAUGGCUGCUAGGAGUCUUAACUAUACUCCGUUGUUACAGAGUCGAAUUUUCUGUGCGUAUGUGCGCGCGCGUGUGCGUGUAUGAGGGUAUGUGCGUGUGUGUGCGCGCGCGCGUAGAAGCUGAUCCCUUUCUUUAAUUUUAAAUAACCAUCGAAUGCGUUUAUUCUAAUACAAGAUAAACUACAAAAAAAAAGCGUACUCUAUUGUGUCUAAUAACGUUCUUUACGUUGUCACCAUUUUAUAUUUUAAGACAGAAGCUGGACAAAAGUAUCGAUUUGAGAAGAAUAUGAAUAUCGAUGAAAA